AUGGGACGAGAUUGGCUGCACGAAAUAAAGUUGGACUGGAGGGAGAUAAACUUGGUCAGGGUCAAUGACGCAGUGGACAGACUGUGUUCAGACUACGCGGAACUGUUCACACGGGAACUUGGAAAGUUGAAAGGUGUAGAAGUAGAUCUGGAUAUUGACCCCGAUGCAUCACCUAAGUUUUUGAAGGCCCGUCCAGUUCCAUUUUCGCUUCGAAGUCGUCUGGAUCAAGAGCUGGAUCGCCUUCUAGCAGAUGACAUAAUUGAACCAGUUCAAUUUUCAAACUGGGCAGCUCCAGUGGUCCCAGUUGUCAAAGGAGAUGGAUCCAUUCGCAUUUGUGGGGAUUAUAAAACUACAAUUAACACAGCAGCUCGAUCGGAUACCUAUCCGAUCCCGAGAGUAGAAGAGCUAUUUGCCAGGCUUGCAAAUGGAAAGAAAUUCACAAAUCUGGAUCUUUCUCAUGCCUACCAACAGCUAGUCCUGUCUGAGAAAUCCAGGGAGUUCGUCACUAUCAACACACAUCGAGGAUUAUUUCGAUAUAAGAGACUGCCUUUUGGAGUUUCAACUGCACCUUCUGUGUUUCAGCGGACGAUGGAGUCAUUGCUGGCUGGUAUACCAGGUGUGGCCGUCUACCUAGAUGAUCUUCUCAUCACAGGAGAGUCAACAGAUGCCCACAUGAAGAACCUGAGAGCAGUCCUGGAUGUUCUUCUGAAAGCUGGACUAAGACUAAAGAAAGAGAAAUGUGUGUUUCUCAAGGACGAGGUUGAUUACCUCGGACACACAAUCACUGAAAAGGGUCUUCGUCCCACGGGGGACAAGGUGCAAGCCAUUACAAAUGCGCCCGAACCGAAGAGCGUAAAGGAACUCCGCUCGUUCCUAGGCUUGCUAAAUUACUAUGGUAAAUUUCUACCCGACCUUGCAUCGAAUCUAGAACCUCUUCAUCGGUUGUUGAGGAAAGACGCAAGAUGGCAGUGGGGUAAAGAGCAAAAACAGGCUUUCGGGAGAGCCAAACAGUUGCUUAAUUCAACUAGAGUGUUAGCUCACUACAAUCCGGAAGAGCAACUUAUACUAGCUUGCGACGCUAGUCCGUACGGUGUCGGAGCCGUACUCGCACAUAGAUUUUCGGAUGGGACCGAAAAACCCAUCGGGUUCGCGUCGCGAACAUUGAAUGUUGCAGAACGCAGAUAUUCGCAAUUAGACAAGGAAGGUCUCGCGAUUGUAUUUGGUGUGAAACGGUUUCACCAAUAUCUGUAUGGCCGUAAAUUCGAAAUAAUUACGGAUCAUAAGCCGUUACUUGGUCUUUUUGGCGAGAAGAAAGCCAUUCCACAGAUGGCUUCUCCGCGCGUCCAACGGUGGGCGAUUACACUUGCGGCAUACGAAUAUGAAAUAAAGUAUAAAGCGGGAGAGAAAAAUUCAAAUGCUGAUGCACUUAUGGAUACAUUAGAUAGGACACCGAUAACGCCUUCGCGCGCCCGUUCUCUUACCGACAAAGAUCCGAUCUUGUCGCGGGUCCGUAACUUCAUCUUACAAGGAUGGCCUACAAUGGAUGAAUUACAAGAUAAGGCAUUCGGUCCGUAUUUGAAUAGAAAAGAUGAAUUGAGUGUUCAUGAGGGAGUAAUAUUGUGGGGAGCUCGCGCGGUGCUUCCCAUGAAAUGUCGAGAAGCAAUGAUGGAAGAAUUGCAUGAUGCACAUCCGGGGAUAGUGCGUAUGAAAGCAAUGGCGAGAAGUUGCGUAUGGUGGCCACAGAUUGACAAAGAUUUGGAGCGUAAAGUUAAAUCUUGCGAAAAAUGUCAAUCACACCAGCGACAACCGUCGAAAGCUCCACCACAUCAGUGGGAAUAUCCAAGUAAACCAUGGUCGCGAAUUCAUGUCGAUUACACAGGUCCAGUAGAAGGGAAAAUGUUACUAGUAAUAGCAGAUGCGUAUUCAAAGUGGAUAGAUGUUCACAUUACGAAUAAAUCGACUAGCGAAGCGACAAUAGACAAAUUGAGAGAAGUCUUUUCGGCACAAGGUCUUCCUCAAACGCUGGUUUCGGAUAAUGGGCCUUGUUUCACGAGUGAGGAAUUCGCUAUGUUCAAGGAAAUGAACGCAAUCAAUCACAUUCGAGGUGCACCAUAUCACCCAGCUACUAAUGGUCUCGCGGAAAGAGCAGUGCAAACUGUGAAAAGAGCACUCAGAAAAAUGAGUGGACCCCUUCAGACGAGAUUAGCAAGGUUCUUGUCGAGUUACCGAACAACUCCACAAGCUACCACAAAUCAGUCACCGGCAGAAUUGCUCAUGAAAUGA